CACCACAGCUGCUUCCCCCCGCUACUUGAGCUGUCCGCUCCGCCGUGACUUCUGCCGAGGCCCCGCGGCGUGCUUUGCCUAGCGCAGUCCUCCCCCAUGGGCGACACUCUCCACGAUCUCGAAGCUGCCACCUCGUCUGGGCAACUACACUCAACCUCCCAUCUCGCCCGCCAUGGCUGCCAUGCUCGAGUUCCGCACGCCGGGCUUCAACCCGUACGCCGUCAAAUACUCGCCCUACUACGACUCGCGCAUCGCCGUCGCAUCCGCCGCAAACUAUGGCAUUGUCGGCAACGGCCGCCUCUUCUGCCUGGGGCUCGGCCCGCAGGGGGUGCGCAUCGAAAAGACGUUUGACACAAACGACGCCCAGUACGAUGUCGCCUGGUCCGAGAUCAACGAGAACCAGCUCCUCGCGGCCUGCGGCGACGGCUCCGUCAAGUUAUACGACAUCAAUGUCAACGACUUCCCCGUCAUGAACUUCCACGAGCACAAGCGCGAGACCUUCUCCGUCGCCUGGAGCCCCGUGACCAAGGAUACCUUCGCGUCAAGUAGUUGGGACGGCACCGUCAAGAUUUGGUCGCCCGCCCGCAAGGACUCGAUACGAACCCUUCCCGUGGGCAACUGCACAUACAGCACCUCGUACUGCCCGUCAAACCCCAACAUCAUCUCGGCCGUCUCCUCCGACUCGUUCCUGCGGAUAUUCGACCUGCGCACGCCCGUGUCCGCCCAGUACCACCUCACCACCAAGAUCCCCGUGCACCAGAUGCCGCCCGUGCCCUUGCCCGCCAACCUCCCGGGCCCCCCGCCGCCGACCAUGCCCGCCGAGAUCCUGACGCACGACUGGAACAAGUACAACGACACGGUGAUCGCGACCGGCGGGGUGGACAGGAGCAUCCGGAUCUUUGACAUCCGCAACGCCUCGGCGGGCCCCAGCGCCCUGCUCAUGGGCCACGAGUACGCGGUCCGCCGCCUCGCGUGGUCCCCGCACGCCAGCGACAUCCUCGUCAGCACGAGCUACGACAUGACGGUGCGCCUGUGGACAGACGGGUCCACCAUGGCGCCCACGCCCGAGCAGGCCAGCCAGUCGCCCAUCCGCGCCGGCGUGCAGCUGGGCCUGAUGAACAGGCAUACCGAGUUCGUCAUGGGCGUCGACUGGUGCCUGUUUGGCGUGGGCGGGUGGGUCGCUACCGUGGGCUGGGACGAGCGGUUACUGCUGUGGGAUGCGAAUAUGAUGCUCCAGGGGAGGUGAUUGGCUUGUGAGGAUGAGGAACGAGGAUGAAGCAGAAGAAGAAGAGGUGGAGCGUCUCAAGGAGCAUGACGCAAAUUGCUGCUCGGAGAGAUUGCUGCUGCACAUUCGAAGAGAAAGAAGGGAAACCAUGAAGGGCGUGGGAGCAAAACAAGGGGAAAUAAAAAAAGGAGCAUCUAGCCGGAGUUUUGGGAGUUUCCUUUAGGGGCUGUUCGAGUAUCCCCCCCCCCCCGGCACUCAAGUCGAGGGCGGUAGCUGACAUUACUGCAAACAAAUAUUACGAACCAAUGCUUGGGACUAUGGUUUAUGGUGACCACCCCUGUGGUACAUGACCAUUGGUGUAUGAUUUAAGAAUGCCAGGAUCCUGAAACU